CGUUCUUUUUUUGAUUUCGGCGUUGCAAUCCCGAAGACACACUUCCUCUCGUCCACGAACCACGCGAGGAAACAAAGAAAAACAAAAACCGAAGCCAACCGAAACCAACCGAAACCACCACGAUGACGCCCAUCGGUUGCGGAAAGGCCUUUCUGGUUCUGGUUCUAGUUCUGCUCCUGGCCUCCCGGGGUCGUUUGGUCCGUGCCCUCUUGCUCGACACCGGAGGCGUGGGUCCGGCGGCGAGCGCGUGUCCUGGGGCCCGGUGGGGACGCCAUAGGCCCCUCCCUUUCCGGGGCAUUCGCGGCACCGGCCACCACCGCGGAACCAUCCAAAGAGCGUCCCUGCUGUGGACCUCCCCGCGGUCGGGGAKCGACGGCGAUUCUUUGGCGGGAGACGGAACAGGAAACGACGGCAACGGCAGCAACGAGAGCAACGGCAACGAGAGCAACAGCGACAACGACCACGACCCCAGCAACGGCGACUCGCGCCUCUUCCGAGACCUCGGGCGGCCGACGGGCAGCGGAGACGAUCCCGCGCAGCAGCGGGCCAUCCUGGACGAGCUGGCCUGGCGUACGCAGAAGGUCCGCCUCGAGGAGCAGAACGACCGGCGGUUCGGGGCCGCCCUGCGCUCGAGGCCCCGGAAGCUCUCCUACAAGGAGGCCGGGAAGUGGGUCCGGGCCAACCUCGGGGCGGACACCCGGGAAGAAUUCGAGGACCUGGUCCUCAACGGGAACCUCCGGACCCCCUACAUCCCCAAGGACCCCGAGCGGUACUACACCGCGAACGGAACCUGGGGCGGAUGGGAGGACUUUUUGCGCGGGGGGUAGGCAGCCCGUGUGGGUCGAAGGGCUGCUGCCCCUUGCUGCUGCGGCCGUUUGGAUUCUUGCAGCAAGAGAGAAGGACGAGACGAGACGAAACGGAUCGGAACGGACCAAAAAAGAAAACGAAUCUGCUACCGACACACCCAUUCGCUAACGGCUCAACGCAUGUGGCUGGGCACGGGAAAUCCCGUUUCCCGGGAAUKGCGGAGGAGCCUUGCCUACCAUACCAGCGGGAAAACACUCGGCUGGAUGAAACAAUGAAACAAACAGCGACGAGAGCAAUACAAUAGUGGCAACACC